AUGGGGGCUGGCCAGCUGCAGAUCGGGCCACACACCUGGACCGGUGGUGCAGCCUGCUGGGGUGGCCCUCCCGAGCUAUGGCAGGCCAUGCCGCCGAACCAGGGAGAGGAGGAGGAGGAAGAAGAAGAAGAAUCAAACCAGGAGCUGACACCAGAGGAGAAGAGGACGUUGGAACGGAAGUUGAAGAAAGAGCGCAAGAAGGAGCAGAAGAAAUUAAUGCGAGAGGCAGGGAUCGCGGCCGAGAGGGAAGAAGUUAAAAAGCCUUCAGGCUCCGAACUGGCGCUGGAAUAUUUGAAAAGCUGGUGCAAAAACCCGGAAGCAUGGAAAUUCCAGAAGACCAGGCAGACGUGGCUUCUUUCGCACAUGUACGACGAAGACAAGGUGCCUGGCAAAUAUUUUUCCAUCCUGUUACGGUAUCUCGAGGGGCUCCAAGGCAGCGCACGGACUGUGACUGUGCAGAAAGCGGAGGCUCUCGUGAAAGAGUACGAUGCUUCCGGAACGGAGGACCCCGGCCUUCUGGAGAAACGGGAGCGCAUCCGGAACGUUCUCCAGUUGUUGUCGUGAAAAUGGGGCACCGGAAAGAUCUUUUCUAGAUCCCCCCCCCCCCCACGACGUUUGGCAAGAGCAGAGUCCAGUAGAAUACUUAACCUUUAAACCAUUUUAUAAAGUGCGCUCUCAGAAGCAGCGGUAAUCAGGGUUUUAAAAAUAAGGAAAUAAUUACAGCAAAAUAUAGUAGACGGCAUCGUAUAGAUUCCAGUAAGAACCCUAUUGGUCUUCCUUUUGGGACUGUUUUAACACCGCCCGUGCAGUUAUUAUUAAGACUUUUUGCAUCUGUUCACAAUGAAACUUGUGCCCUCACCCCGCCCUCGAGGACGCUUUCAAACCAAACUGUGGGGCAAUCUGUCUUUGCCGCACGCGCCUCCUUCAAUCUGCUCGCCACCCGCUCCAUCGCUCGUUUUAUAUCAUCUGUUUGCGUCGACGAUCCAGAGGCUGUGGGUUUUCGAUGCCCCGCCUCCGCUUGCGUCUGGAAAAAAUGCCAUUUUAUUACCAUGAGCCGCAUCACGCAAACACGAGUGCCGUGUCUUUACAGUUAUGCCGACAGGGGCACAAUCGCGGGCCCUUUCACCCGAUGUGAUCAAUAAAUUCUCAUGCUUUGGCA